AUGUCUCAGACUGGCCACAAACUGGACCAUCAUUUAAAUCACCACGAAAAACGUAUAAACGUAAAAAGUGAGUAUCCUACAUCAAAAUUAAUUUUAAAUGCUGUACAACAAAAAUUUGGUUAUAAAGGUAGUCUUGCUUCAAUGAAAAGAUUGUUAAAAAAAUUAAAAUUUACGUACAAAAAAUGUAACGAUGGACGUAGAUUUUUAAUGGAACGAAAUGACAUUGUUGCUUUGAGGUGUAAAUUUUUACGUACGAUGUGUACACUACGUAGAAAUAACGAUUCCCGUCCCGUCAUUUACUUAAACGAGACCUGGGUGAAUCAAAACCAUUCCAAAACUUUUAUAUGGCAAAAUGAGUUGGAAACUGAAGGUUUAAAGGUACCUACCGGUAAGGGAGGCCGACUCAUUGUUUGUCAUGCAGGUUCAAGUCAUCAUGGUUUUAUUAAGGAAGCAAAAUUAAUUUUUCGAAGCAAAUCUGGCGAUACAGAAGACUACCAUAGUCAAAUGAAUGCCGCCGUUUUUAGAUCUUGGUUCGUACAAUUGUUGCAAUCCCUUGAAGAACCAUGUGUCAUCGUCAUGGACAACGCUCCAUACCACUCAAUGUUGGAAGAUAAUUUUCCAAAGAGCAAUGCCCGAAAAGCCGAUGUUCAAGAAUGGUUGACUAAAAAAAAUAUUAAUUUUUCUCCGCUAGAAACAGUUGCUGAACUUCGUGAAAAAAUUAAAGUUUUAAUACCGACCGAAAAAAAAUAUGAGCUGGAUGAAUUGGCCUUUAAAAUGGGACAUGAAGUUGUACGAUUACCACCAUAUCAUUGCCAUUACAAUCCCAUUGAAAUGAUAUGGGCAAAAGUAAAGGGACAGGUUGCAUCUAAAAAUACAACCUUCAAGAUGGCUGAUGUUGAAAAACUAAUGCAUGAAGCAAUAAUUUCGGUGAAAAAAGAAAAUUGGGAAAAUUGCAUACGUCAUGCCGAAAGAUUACAGGACGAAGAUUAUGAAAAAGAAAAACGUAGAGAAGUAAUUUUGGAGCCUAUUAUUCUUACAAUACAACCAGGUGAUACCAGCUGUGAUGAAGACGACGAGGAAGACGAUAUAAUAUAA